UUCCCUCUCCCCGUUCCUUCCUCGCGCCGUCUUCAUCUCGCCUCCUCUCCUCCCAACCUGGAGACCAGAGCGAUGCGGAGACAAUAGGACGCAGAGCCGCAGGGAGGGGAGCAGGAUGCCCGGAUCCACAUCCAGCAGCGACACACGGCUCUGCGGAGGCUUCUGGCUGGACGCGUCGGUCAGACUCACCUCACUGUAGUAUGCGCUCUCGUCGACCUGCCUAUUUAUUAUUAUUAUUAUUAUGAGUCUGCGUGGACAGGGUGGACACUACAGCCUCCAAAUGGGAACCCACUGAAGGGGACAAAGAGAGAGCACAGGGCCUAUGUGCUGCCAUGCAUCACCCAAACUGACUCAUCCCUCCUCACCUGCUGCCAUCAACCUCUCUCUCUGUCCAUAUCACUCAAGGAGAUCACACCCCCACCGAGAAACAUCAAGGCCUGUGGUGGGAAUGACGAGGGCUGGCUUCACAUGACAUGAGUUACGAAAGCUUGCAAGCUCUUUUUUUGGACAUCAAAAACUGGAAAGCCUGAGAAAGUGUGAUGUAAAGUGGAUUUCAGAGGAGAUUGGCAAAGGAGUGCGUUGAAGAUAAGAAAAUGCUGUAAAUAUCAGAGCUAUCCAACUCCUCUGAGGAGCUUAUGUAAUGGUUCUGUGUUCGGCUGCAUGUGUGUUCCUGCGUUUCCUCCACUCGCACCUGGAUCUAUAGGCUGUAGGUCAGGACUUGGAUCAGCCUCCUCAGAAAGGAGAGAGAGAGAGAGAGAGAGAAAAGAAAGAAAGCAAGAAUAAUCACACUGCAGUAGGAAAUGGAUCUGCUGGAGCUGACUGUUGUUGGCUUGCUGCUUUGUGUGUACGUGUGACUCAGCUCCCAGCAGCCACCCAUGUGACCUCAGCUGCUAGCUGCUUCGCCUCUCCUCACUGACCAACACUUCUUCACCCCAGCCCGUCGUUGGAAACAGCUGCCACCAUGAGCUCCUCUCCGCUGGUUUCUCGAGCUAAUGUGGACAUCCUGGACGAGUUGCAGCUGAUCGCUGCUCAGAACCUGGAGAGGCUGGAGGUCAACAAGUACUAUGAAGUGAUCCGGGAGCUGGGGAAGGGUACCUACGGCAAGGUGGACCUGGUGAUCCACAAGAUCCGAGGUACAAAAAUGGCGCUGAAGUUUCUGAAGAAGAAGACGACGAAGCUGAAAUCAUUCCUUCGGGAGUACAGCAUCUCGCUAUACCUCUCCCCCUGCCCCUUCAUCAUCAACAUGUACGGCAUUGCCUUUGAGACGGACGAGUACUAUGUCUUCGCCCAGGAGUAUGCUUUGGCAGGAGACCUCUUCGACAUCAUUCCCCCACAGGUUGGUCUACCUGAGUCAGUGGCAAAGCGUUGCGUGCAUCAAGUGGCCAUUGCUCUGGAUUAUCUACAUUGUAAGAAGCUCGUCCACAGGGACAUCAAGCCUGAAAACAUUCUCAUUUUCGACAGAGAGUGUCGCAAAGUCAAGCUUUCAGACUUUGGCAUGACCCGUCGGGCUGGCUCGCCUGUAAAAAGAGUGAGUGGCACCAUUCCCUACACGGCCCCAGAGCUUUGCGAUGCCUCCCGCCAGGAGGGUUUCUGUGUGGACUACAGCACCGAUGUCUGGGCUUUUGGUGUGCUGCUCUUCUGCAUGCUGACUGGCAACUUCCCUUGGGAGAAGGCGCUUCCCACCGAUACGUUCUAUCAAGAGUUCAUCCACUGGCAGAGGAGGAGGACGAACACGGUGCCAUCGCAGUGGAGGCGUUUCACCGAGCAGGCACUGCGAAUGUUCCGCCGCCUGCUCUCGGUGGAGCAGGACCGCCGCUGCUCCGUUAAGGAGGUAUUCGGGUAUUUCAGCCACUCCUGGAUGCUGGAUGCAGAGCAUGACAACAAUGGCAAUGCAGGGGGGAGUGGUAGCGCGGAGAUGGUUGGUGGGAGCAACAUAGGAGGAGGAGGAGGGAAUGUGCGAGGAGAUAUGGAGGGCACCAUCUCUACUUCUUCAUCAGGAGAAGAAGAUGAGGAGCUCCUGGUGGAGAGGAUGAAGCAGCAGACUUUGUCGCCUCGUUCACCGCUCUCGCCCCUCUCUCCAAUGUCUCCCAUGGUGGUGGAAAGAGGCAGCGGUGGUGGCGGGGCCAAGGGAGCAAUGAUGGACCCGGGUGGAGGACAUCAUUUUGUGUCUGUCUCCACUAACAGCUCGGUGUCGUCCACUAACAGUUACGACCGAAUGCCACGGGAAAGCGGUUCCCCUGGCGGUCGCUUGCUAGUGGCUACACCCAUUGAGAUCUGCGUGUGAGCAUGACGAACUCUGCGACUGACUCAACCCACACUUCCAUACCUCUCGAACUGCAAUAGUUGUGCAUGCAUCGAAACAAGACCAGACUAAAAGUACUAACGUGUAUCCUGUUUUCUACAUCUCGGGAAGAAAGUCAACACGUUGAAGACUUAGGAGAUCUUAAUUGAAGGCACAUAGAGAAAGAUCUUUGAUUGGAUGUCAUCAGGAGAGGCUUUGUUUACAAUCCAGGGACAUUUUGAGAUGCAUUUCAUGAGAAUAUAAAGAAAAAGUGAGAAGCUCCGUGACUAAAACCAUCAGAAAAGAAAACCAAAAUGUAUUUUAUAGAGCAAUACUUGCAGCAAAAAUAAUUUGAGGGAAGACUUCACAAGCUGUGAUGAAGCGACGAAGGACUUGUUUCUAUGAUGAGGACUAAAACAGAACUCGAAGAAACACCCUGGUUGACGAAGUGAGACAAAGUGUAACAAAAAUGUGAAAGUGUGUUUGUGUGUAUGAAUCUUAAAAAAGUGUAUUUUGCUUUGAGAUACAAUUUAUUUAUUUAAUCGUACAGACUAAAAUUGUUUUUUCUAUUUUGUUUCUUUUUGUUUUUUAUAAUGUAGCUUUCUUUUUUUUUCCACUUUAGUGAAUACUGUAAAAUGACUUCCGACUCCUCUUCCCUGUGCAACACUUGCGGUCGGCUAAUAAGUCGGGGUGUAACGAUUUGUCCAGCUCAUGAGAUAUUGUGAUCCGUGACACUGAGUUCACCACAGAGAUUUGACUCACAAAUAAUGUGAAGGGUUCAAAAAAAUCACAAAAUGUAUUUUGAAAAAUGUCCAUUUAAGGUGAGAGUUAUUGAUUUCAGAUCUGUUAUGGUUUAUGCUUACCUUAAUUCACAAGUUAAAUCUAAACUAACAUUUUUGUUUUCAUCCAGUUUUUGUCAGAUUUAUAGCUAGAAAUGAUCAAAUAUGCUUCCUUAAAAUAAUACUAAAAACAUAUUUAGUUAAAUGCCUAUAGGAAGUUUUGUGUCAGAUGCUAGUAGCUUUAGCAUUGUUAGCUUCUGUUGGCUUCCCUAUAGCGUAUCAAAAUUACUGAUUUAAGUCAUGGUGUCAACUUCCAAAUGCUAAUUUAUCAGAUUGUUAUCAUCCAGCCCAAUUUGCCAUCCUCAAUUUGUGGUCAACUCAGUUAACGCAACACUAUCAUUUUUUUUCUUACUUUGGAUAAACAAACUGCAAAACAAUUUCCAGAUGUAGCUUGAAGCACUUAAUGUCAAAUCAGGGACUCGAAUCUGUUUCACCAGGUGAUCCUGCCCCACAUAUUAGCUAGACAAGAAUAUGUGUGUGUGACAGAAAUGUCAACACAUUUCAGUAUAACGAGAUUUCGCACCACAAAACACUGUUACACCCCAACUGAUGAGCAAACCGGUGUUAAUGCUCGCACCAGAAAAAUCUAACACUAUUCGCCUAACUUUAGGUGAGAGAAAAUGACUAUGAUGUCUCUAUUUUUAUAUUUACUCCUGAAAUUCUUUUAUCUUUGAAGCUUCACAGGAAAAAUCUGUCAGCGACGCUUUUUGUUUUCAUUGUGUUUUAUUUUUUACCGAACAUGUGUUUCCUUUGACACUGCUAUUGAAAUACUGUAUGUAGACUAAAAAGAGACGAUCUUAGCUCAAUUUGGAAGAAAAAAGAAAAUAACACCAACUUUAUAGCUGCAUGACUUGCUCACACUUACAGUAAAAAAAAAAAAUUACACUUGUGAAAGGAAAAGGUUUUGACAAAAUAUGUCAUCAUUUUUGCAGUAGCACACCUUCUCGCAUUGUAAUCAAGACUGAAUACCAGUGUUAUGAUCUCUCGAGAAUAUCUGGUACUAUAAAAAAACAAAACAGUAAUUAGUUUUUACUCUGUGUGAAAUAUCUGUGUUAUUGUGUGAUCAUCUCACCACUUUAAAGAACAGCUAAAAAAAUAAUAAGCAUGAGGGCACUGGAGCGAGAGGCUGUAAUCAGAAACCUCUGUUUCAUCUGAAGAGCUUUAUUCUAAAUGGCCUUUGAUGAGGUAGUGAAGCUUUUUGUAUUUUUUAUCCGAGUUAGAAUAAUGGCAAAAAAAGCAAAAAAAAAAAAAGCAAACCAUUCCUGUUUUUUGACUAUGAAAAAAUAAUUUAAGAAAAAUGAUAUUUUCCAAGGCUUAAAAAUCAUGUGUAGGAAUGGCUUUCGCUUUCCACACAUUAACCUGCAUGAACAUGUAUGUGCUAAAAACGCUCUCUUGUGAAAACCUGCGCAGUGUUUCUCCAACCCCAGGCCGUAGUAACCCGUAGAUGUAGUGCAGCCGCUGCCGACGAUGUGUUUCUUUAUCUUGUGAGUGUCAGUAGCCUCAGCAUGGAUACUCCCCGACGGAGGAACAGCCAGUCCAGCUAAAGCCCGUACGUUUGUGCAUUUUCAUCAUCAGUGGGCAUGUAUGCUAAGUACAUCUUGUGACAUCUCUGACCUCAUCAGCAGCCUUCUGGUUCAGAACAAAGGACUGUCCUGAUGCAGAAACUGUAGCCCCGCUGUUUUCUCCAGCUGGCUGUGAGCUACACGCUAAAUUCACAUGACCGCGUGAAACCUGUACAUGAGCUCAUGGAGCAAUUAAAGCACCCGGUAGAUACGGUUAAUGGCGUCUUUGAGUUAUUGGGGUUUAUUUUGCACAGUUUGAAAAGUCAGGGAAUUCCUAUUCCUAUUGAGAUACAUGGGUGUUGUAAUUCUUGUGUUUAUGUCUCGUAGGUUCCCCAUUGAGAGGCAUUUUAACCUUUUACUUGUUUAAAGUGGACAUGGGGCCAUGACAAGUAACCAGGUAGAUAAAGCGGCUGCUCAGGUAAAACGCAGGAGCUCAUGGUGUGGGAAAACAAAGGUGCGCCACCUAUCACUUGCUUUAAGGUAAUCCAGUUUUAAAACAAGCAACGAGCCGCGUGCUAACAUUGGCUCAUAGCCUGAGCUAACUGAGCUAACAGGAGUUUUGCUGUUAAGAGUCGAAUGAGAAAAAGCGUCAAAUGUUCCGUUCAAUAAGCAACUAAAAGCUUUGGCUAUGCCAGAUUUUUAUCUGAAGUUCAACUCCAAGUUGUUCUAAUUGUAAAAUGUGAAGUUAUUUUGGCAGCAGACGUUUCUGUGUCCUGAGAUAAUAUUCCAGAAAUAUUGACUUGGAGGUUAUUGCUAAGUUUCAAAUGUCCUAGCAAAGAUACAUUCAUGCCUGCAUUUGGACCACGAGAGAAAGAAUCCAUUUUUCUGGACUAAAUAUGGACUUUAAUAUGUUAACAUGACCUUUCCUCCGAUGUCAAGGUUCUGCCCGCUGUUAGCACAAAGUUUCCAAAAGUGUUUAGUGGCGAUAACUCCAGUGGUUAAAGAAUGCAGCGAUAAACAGAGAGAAACAAGAAGUUAUUUCAAAAGUUCUGCUAGAAAAUAGCUGCUAGAAUUUGACUUAUUUUCAAAAUGAUUACAGCAGCUUCAUGGAAGUUUACCCCUUUUUGAAAUUGCUUCUAAAAUUUAAAAUUCUAGAAUUUGGAUUCCAAAUUAAGAUUUUGCCCAUUAACUAACGUGGCAAUUGAGUAUUACUUUAGUUUCUAUAUUCAUGAAUGUGUUAAACUGAAGAAGACAUGACUAGUAAUUAUUCAGUUUUAGAAUCCAUCAUCAUCCGAAUCCCACCAGCAAUACUGUGUAUGUUAAAUGUAGCAGGAAUUUUACUCCGGGCGUUUUCGUUAACUGGAUGCACAAACUGGACGUUUUGUUUCAAUGUUGAAUCAUUGAUGUCAAACUUUUCUGUUUGUUUCAUUUGAGAAUGAACAGCUUUGUAAUCUUGUUGUUGGUUUGGUAAGAAAUUUAGGGACUUGCAGGCCAAAACCAGAGUACGUAAUCGGUUUUACCCUCACUCGUUUUCUUUGCUUCGAAAAAACUUUUGUGCUUGAGCUGAAAAUGGCGAAAUACAUUUAGAUUCCCGAGUUGGUGGAAGCCACUUGGCCCUUUUCGUUUCCUAGUGUCUGAGUCUGUGAUUGCUGCUUCGUCCUCUCAUCCAUAACGUGAUUUGUGUGUGUAAUGAAAUCCCUUCGUCUGUUUGGUGACAUAUUUCCCAUCAUUAUGAUUUUAGCAGAGUUUUGAUGAGUAGAUGACCACAGCACUAGAACUCCUACCCACUUUUGUCUUUGCAAAACAUCCGUCUUCCUGUAAGCUGAGAUUUAGUCAAUAAAAUGAGAAUAUGUGUUGGAGUGAAA